AUGUCUGCCACGUCGUCUGUAUUCAGCUUCCGCUAUGAAAAUGGCAGGCGGUACCAUGCUUACGCAGAGGGCAUGUACCCAGUGCCAAAUGACGAGACCGAGGCGGAUAGACUCGAUCUCCAACACCACGCCUUUCGCCUUACACUCGACGGAAAGCUGUAUCGAGCCCCUAUUUCAGAGAAUGUUCAAAGUGUUUUGGAUGUAGGAUGUGGAACUGGCAUAUGGGCUAUUGAGUUCGCAGACGAGCACCCAUCCGCUCGUGUCCUAGGCACAGAUCUAAGUCCAAUCCAGCCCGAACAGGUCCCACCUAACUGUGAAUUCCUAAUUGAUGAUUGCGAAAAAGAAUGGAUCUUCCACGAUAAAUUCGAUUACAUUCACUCGCGCGCCUUGGUAGCAGCGAUCAAGAACUGGCCUCGUUUCUUCGAACAAGCCUAUGAUAACCUCAACCCUGAUGGCUACCUCGAGUGUCAAGACAUUGCCUUUCCCAUCCGGUGCAUGGAUACCAAUGUGACUGCACAAGAUUCGCCGCUGAUACGCUGGUCCGAGUAUUUCAUCGAGGCUGCGCAGAAGAUUGGUCUUGAUGGUACAGGCCCUCGUCAUUUCACACCCCAGCUGCGUGAUGCGGGGUUCACAGAUAUCCAUGUUAAGAUGUACAAAUGGCCAGUAGGCAAGUGGGCAAAGGGCGCGAGGUUCAAGUUGCUGGGACACUUUGUAUAUGAAGACCUGAUGGACUGGCUGCCCAGCAGUUCUCUCGGUCUAUUCACACGAAUACUCAAGUGGUCUAGAGAAGAGGUAGAAGUUUUCCUAGCCGAUUGCAGGCAGGAAGCAAAGAGAAAGGACCGCCAUUACUACGCUGAUGUGUAA